AUACUAACAGUAAUGGUUUUAUCUGUGACUUGGAGCUGACUAACCUGUUUAAAGAAGCUAACCUACCGUUGCCGGGAUACAAGGUCAGAGAGAUCAUUAAAAAACUGGACCGCAACAAAGACAACCAGAUCAGCUUCGACGAGUUCCUCUCGAUCGCCAAGGAGCUGAAGGGUGAUGACAUAGCUAAGAGCUUCAGGAAGGCCAUCAACAGGAAGGAGGGGAUUCUGGCUAUAGGAGGAACCAGUGAGCUGUCUAGUGAAGGAACACAACACUCAUUCUCAGAGGAGGAGCGUUAUGCGUUUGUUAACUGGAUCAAUGCAGCGCUGGAGAAGGACCCUGACUGUAAACACGUCCUCCCUAUGAACCCCAACACCCCCAACAGUCUGUUCACUGCGGUAGGAGACGGCAUCGUCCUCUGUAAGAUGAUCAACCUGUCAGUCCCAGACACCAUUGAUGAGAGAACCAUCAAUAAGAAGAAGCUAACUCCCUUCACUAUACAGGAGAAUCUCAACCUGGCUCUGAAUUCUGCCUCUGCUAUUGGUUGUCAUGUAGUGAACAUCGGAGCUCUGGACCUGAGAGAGGGGAAACCACAUCUGGUACUGGGCCUGCUGUGGCAGAUCAUCAAGAUAGGACUGUUCGCUGAUAUAGAACUCAGUAGGAACGAAGCCCUAGCUGCGUUGCUGCGUGAGGGAGAGAGUCUGGAGGAUUUGAUGAAGCUGUCUCCUGAAGAGCUUCUGCUUCGCUGGGCUAACUUUCACCUCGAGAAUGCAGGCUUCAGCAAGAUCAACAACCUCUCCUCUGACAUCAAGGACUCGAGGGCUUACUAUCACCUGCUGAACAUGAUCGCUCCUGACGGCAGCAAAGAGGGCGAGCAGCGCAUUGAAAUCAACAUGUCUGGAUACAAUGUGAGUCCCUCUUUAAAUCAACGUGUCUGGAUACAAUGUGAGUCCCUCUUUAAAUCAACAUGUCUGGAUACAAUGUGAGUCCCUCUUUAAAUCAACAUGUCUGGAUACAAUGUGAGUCCCUCUUUAAAUCAACAUGUCUGGAUACAAUGUGAGUCCCUCUUUAAAUCAACAUGUCUGGAUACAAUGUGAGUCCCUCUUUAAAUCAACAUGUCUGGAUACAAUGUGAGUCCCUCUUUAAAUCAACAUGUCUGGAUACAAUGUGAGUCCCUCUUUAAAUCAACAUGUCUGGAUACAAUGUGAGUCCCUCUUUAAAUCAACAUGUCUGGAUACAAUGUGAGUCCCUCUUUAAAUCAACAUGUCUGGAUAC